GAGUACUCAUACAAUACACACAAACAAAAUAAAAAAAAACAAAAUAAAUAAAUAAAGAAAAAAUAUUAAAAAAACAAAAGAUGACUUCAAUAGUUCCAAAUCUUACACCACCGGCAGGAAUUGGAGCAGCCGUACCAUUAUGGAUGAAAAUUGAUUGGAGUCCUGAAAUAGAGCAUGGCAUUUACAAGGACUGGGGUUCGUACUACUCUGGCCGGCGAAGGGAGAACAUGGCCAUGUACUAUUACAAUAAGGCACUCUCCAUGCUACCCGAGGAUUAUGUGACUCUUUACCAUCGGAGCCAAACUAAACGGAAGAAUGCUCAAACCGAAGGAGCUCUAAAGGAUUGUGCAGAGGCACAAAGAAUUUUAAAAGGACUAAAGAUCAAAAACGCUCCAAUUAAUUUGGAAAUUUGUGAUGCUCUCUAUGAACUGAAUCAGCUUGAGAUUGCCAAGGCGGAAUUACACGACAAUACUCGGCUGUUCAAAGGAAACAAGACUAAAUCAUUUGAGAAACGUCUCAUUGUGGUUGACGAAAAUAUUAAAAACUGUUGUGGAGAAGAACUAACCCAGUUUAUAGCUUCGAAUGAAAAGCUGUUAAUCCAUGUAAAGGAAAUGGACCUUAAGGCACGCAAUCAAGUUCAAAACAAACCACUCUGGAAAAUAUUAAAAGAACAAAACAAAUGCGAUGUUUUAAGUAUCCAGGAAAUCGAAGACGAAUUACUCUCACCGCUUGAAAUUGCAAGACGGGGUCGGGCAUUUGAUGUGUUUAAUCAGAUUUACUUGGACAAAUCCUGGAUUGAUGUGGUAUUUUUGAAAAAAUUACUUAGGAACCCAACUUUGCUACUUGAACAGUGCAGAAACUCGAAAUACUUUUUGGGAGCUCUAAAUAAAAAGAAAUACGAUGAGCUAAAAAAAUUCUUGAAAAUGCUUCAUGCUCGUGCUCCCAUGUACUACCUCCGAUAUAACAAAUUCACGAACAAGAAACUGAUGGACAAAUUUCGGGAGGACUAUCUUUAUCGUAUGCAGUACCAAACAAGUCGUAAUAUGCUUUCGGUAUUAAGGAGCAUUCGAAGACUUCGUGCUGCCGGGAACGUAACGAAACUUUCAAAGUACGUGGAAGAAGUUAUGGGAGACUACGUUGUCUUAAAAACGGAUAGGAUUAUGCCAUGGAAAUUUGAAUUUAUGAAUGAAGUUUACAACACAUUGGCGCUGGCAUUUGCCGAACAGUGCACAGUUCCUCCCGAUAAGAAUCGUCACUCCGACAAGAAUGCUCUUCUGAAGUUACUUCGCCUUCCCACCGACAAAUCGUGGGAUGUUCAAAAUUUCGUAUUUGGAGACCGGUCGACUCAUCAGGACGCCGAUAUAUCAGAUCCGUCCCUCUCAAAAUCCAGACAGAUGAUAACUCGAUUGGAAAAACGAAUGCUGUUUGCCAAAUAUUCGAUCGAGAAAUGCUAUCUGUUGCAUCAAAUUGGUUACACUCAUCUCAAAUCAAAUCGCUUUGAUGAAUGCUGCUUUGCAGCUAGAAAGGGCUUGAUAGAAACUAAGAACUGUAAUAGCUUGUUAUGGCGUUUUCUGUGCACUCUUCUCAUUAUUAAGUCAAAUGCAGCCCUCCACAAGGUUGAACGGACAAAGGAAGCACUGAUUAGGGCUCAGAAAAUGAUGAACGAACUUUCUUCUCCUCAAAUUGCUCAUUUUGUAGAAGUUUGCAUAGCAUGUAACGAAGAAGAAUUUAAUGUAAAGAAACAACGCGGUAGUAUUCAAAGCCGACGUCAAAGUUCUUCGUCCGUGAUGACUCUGAGGACAGACGACACUGAGACUAGUUUUGAAAAUAUCCAAAAAUAAGUGUGUAAUAAUAUUCCAGUCAAUGCUUUGUUGAGGCAACAGCUAGAAAGGAACAAUCAUGGUACAUCGUUAUAAUGACGAAGAGAGAUUAAAAGAUGUGAAUUUGCUGAAUC